AUGGACCCAACCUCCUUCGAUCUCCCUCCACCACCACCCACCACCGUCCCCUUCUCCCUCGAACCCACCUUCACCUCCUCCGUCAGUCACCCUCCCUACGCUGAGAUGAUAUACAAAGCAAUAGAAUCCCUCAAAGAGAAAGACGGUUCAAGCAAAAGAGCCAUAGCAAAAUUCAUAGAACAAAACUACGCCAACGUUCUUCCACAACAACACACCGCUUUGUUAACUCAACAUCUCAACCACUUGAAAUCUGCCGGUCUUCUCGUCACCGUUAAAAAAUCUUACAAACUACCUUCCUCGCUCCCUCCACCUCCCACCGUCACUAGAUCUGACUCCGAAUCUCAUCUCCCUUUCACUCCAUUAUCCCAAAAACCCCGUGGCCGUCCCGCUAAGCCCAAGCCCGAACUCAACUCCCAGCCCGUCUUCGCAUCGUUUGAAUUUGACCCUCCUACUCACGACGACCCUGUACCCGUCGACCUCACUCAGACCCCCACGACUCUAUCUACCAAAAGAGGUCGCGGUCGUCCGCCUGGGAGCUUCAGAUCUAAGUCGCUCAAGAGCGCUAGCCGUCCUCCGAAGCCCAAAUCUGUGUCUAACGGGCUUAAACGGCGUGGCCGUCCUCCCAAAAGCCAUUCUCAACCGACGGUUAUACCUUUUUCAGCUCCUGCUGCCGUGACAGAUGGGACAGAUGGGGUUACUGUACCUGUUGUUAGAUCUACCAGGCCAAGAGGCAGGCCUAAGAAGUAUGCUGAUGAGUUGAUGUCAGUUGCUCCCACCAUGAGGCAGGGUCGUCCUGCUAAGCUUGCUGUCAUCGGUGGGCCUAAGAAUCCCUUCCGGAGGCCCGUCGGCCGUCCAAAGGGAGCAAAAGGAGUAAAAAAGUAUGCUGAUGAAGAUCUAAGAAAGAAACUUGAGCACUUUCAAUCAAAGGUUAAGGAAUCUCUCGAAGUGCUUAAGCCUUAUUUUGAUCAUCAAAGUCCAGUCAAUGCAGUUGCAGCAAUUCAAGAAUUGGAAAACCUGGCAACUCUGGACCUUAAAGCACCAUUAAGAGAUGAAACACAGCAACAUCAACCAGAGCAGUUUCCGGAAGAGCCACAGCCGCAACAACAGCUACUGCCUCAGCAACUGGUUCCGUCACAGCAACUGCCACCGGUGCAGCAGAUUUAUGAACAGCAGUAUCUCCAGAUACCAUUGCAGCAACAGAUUCAGCAACUUUUUCAGCCACACAAUUUAGCUUCAAGCUAG